CAUUUACACGCAGAUCCAAUAUGGACAAACCACAGCAGCCGAGCUCGUUCCAGCAGUUGGAAAAGCUAGGUGAAGGUACCUAUGCCACUGUUUUCAAAGGUCGCAACCGUCAGACCGGAGAGAUGGUCGCCCUAAAAGAAAUCCAUCUAGAUUCCGAAGAAGGCACGCCGUCUACCGCCAUUCGCGAAAUUUCCCUGAUGAAAGAAUUAAAACACGAGAGCAUCGUCUCGCUAUACGAUGUAAUCCACACAGAAAACAAACUCAUGCUCGUCUUCGAGUAUAUGGAUAGAGACCUAAAACGAUACAUGGACACAAAAGGAGACCACGGUUCACUCGACUAUGUCACUAUCAAAUCGUUCAUGCACCAACUCUUGCGAGGCAUUGCCUUUUGUCACGAAAACCGGGUAUUACAUCGUGAUUUGAAACCACAGAACCUCCUUAUUAAUAAAAAGGGUCAACUGAAACUCGCCGAUUUCGGUCUUGCACGCGCCUUUGGUAUUCCCGUCAACACAUUCUCGAACGAGGUCGUUACGCUCUGGUAUCGUGCACCAGACGUUCUUCUAGGGAGUAGGACGUAUAACACCAGCAUCGAUAUCUGGUCUGCAGGUUGUAUCAUGGCAGAGAUGUAUACUGGUCGACCACUUUUCCCUGGUACGACGAAUGAGGAUCAGCUGCAGAAAAUUUUCAGGCUCAUGGGCACCCCCUCUGAACGAUCAUGGCCUGGUAUUUCACAAUUUCCAGAAUAUAAGCCCAAUUUCCAUGUCUACGCCACCCAGGAUUUGAGGUUGAUUCUUCCUCAAAUCGAUCAGUUGGGGUUGGAUCUACUUACCCGUAUGCUCCAGCUGCGACCCGAGAUGAGAAUCAGCGCGGCGGAUGCUCUGCGCCAUCCCUGGUUUAAUGAUUUGCCUCAGUUGCAGGCGCAACUACAGCAACAUCAUCAACAGCAGCAUCACCAGCAGCAAUCACAAUUACCGGGUUACGGUGGGAUGGUGACAGCGCAGCAAGGUUAUUAGUCUGCAACCAAUGACCACGAGUUUCAAGAUGCUAUAAAACAUAUAACAAAAAGCGGAAGGAAGGACAGGAAGGUGAUACCCGGAGACAUUUCUACUUUGUUUUGAUCUUCAUCUUUCGGUAUAAUCAGUUGGGCAUAUAUUAUUUCGUUUCAUUCUCCGUUUUCUGCUAUAAUUCACUCUCCCCGCCUGAUAUAGGAAUAAGGAUAUUUGGUUGUGAUAUCAUUCCUGCCAUGGUUCCAUCCUCUAGCCUAAAUCAAGCAUUGAAAAGGGGAGGAGAGUUACCACCUAUCUACCCAUGCAAUGCAGUCUAUGACUGGAUGGUAUGCCAUUACAACACGCAACACGCUCAGCAUAUCAGUCCUUGCACAACAUUGAGUUCAAACAUGUCUUUGAGAGAUUUGCCAUGAAGACGGGACGAUAUGGGACGCUUUGCUUGGCUUUGGUCACACACGGCGUACCUGUCUACCUAGAACUAAUCAUUCAAUCCAAAAAAUGGAACCUACCGAGGCAGUGCUUCUUUGAAGUUGAACGCUGGAUAAGAGGUGAAUAUUCCAAAGGAGACCAACGCUCCAUCGGAUUGCUUUGUCCAAAAAGCUAUCGGAGACAUCUACUUGGAACUGAAUCAGUCAGAUUUCAAUUUGGGCGAAGGUAAUCGGUCCGGUUCCUAAUUUUGGUUCGGAUGAUCAUACAAUGCACUUUAUUUAUCUUACUAUUUUGUUUUUCGAGUUUCUAGACCGCAAGUUUUCAUUGGGCUUAAUUGGGAUUGUAGAUAACUACAGAAUGGUAAUAAAUGCAGUACGUGCGUCGGCCACAGGUACUGUUAUUAUGUCACGU